AUGUUUGCCCUUGAUUUCCGAAUUUCUGAACAAAUGAGACUUGCAACUACUGAACAAUUUAAACUUGCAACCUUAAAUAAUGCUUUCGAUAUGAGCGAUUCUGUUAAUGCAAAAACUCAUGCUAAUUUUACAAGUGCUGAUGAGCUCUUUGGCAAUAAUGUUUAUAUACGUGGUGGUGUUAUGGGAAAUUAUUCCAAUAAAUUUGUAAUAAGCGACUCUUAUUUGAAUGAAUUUAAACAAUUUAUUCAAAAUUUUACUACUCCUUUGCCUUGGAAAUCUGAAGAUUACAUCAUUUUAACUAAUGGUUUAUGUGGUUCUGCAUGUGCUCUUUUUGCUGAGCAUGCUGCAAAAUUUAAUAAUGUUACUACUGUUGCUGUUGGUGGAAUUGCAAGCAAUCCUUUAUUAUCUUAUUCUUCAUUUAUUGGUGGGGCUGUUUUUAACUCAAUUGAAGUAUUUGAAUCAUUAGAUAAAUUAGCUUUACUAAAUAAUAGUUUAAUGCCUAAAUCUUUUCCUUUGGCUGGAAUGGAAGUCACUUUUACUACGUAUGAAGCAUACAGUAAAAUAAAUUUAGAUGAAAUAUUAGAAUUUACAUUUAGACCUGCUGACUUUAGAUUAUUUUAUAAUGAAAAAAAUAUUAGAAAUGUUUCUAUUUUAUGGUCUCAAACUGCAGCUUUAAUUGGAUCAAAAAGAUAA